AUGGUCCUAGCACUCAAGUGGUUGAGGGAUGGUGAGUCUAACAUUGUUACUGAGGCACUCAGUGUGUCUCAAGUCCCUCACCACAAGACAGAUGCUAUCUCCUCCAAGGUAAUCCCAUUCACUGUUAUCCCUACCCCAGCUGACAUCCACACUCCAGCUGACAUCCCUGUCCCAGCUGAAAUCCCUGCCCCAGCUGACAUUCCCACCUCAGGUUACACUCUCACCCCAGGUGACAUCCCUAACCCAGGUGACAUCCCCACCCCAGGUGACAUCCCCACUCCAGGUGAUAUCCCCACCCCAGGUGACAUCCCCACCCCAGGUGAUAUCCCCACCCCAGGUGACAUCCCCACCCCAGGUGACAUCCCCACUCCAGGUGAUAUCCCCACCCCAGGUGACAUCCCCUCCCCAGGUGAUAUCCCCACCCAGGUGACAUCCCCUCCCCAGGUGAUAUCCCCACUCCAGGUGACAUCCCCUCCCCAGGUGACAUCCCCACUCCAGGUGAUAUCCCCACCCCAGGUGACAUCCCCACCCCAGGUGACAUCCCCACUCCCAGGUGAUAUCCCCACCCCAGGUGACAUCCCCACCCCAGGUGAUAUCCCCACCCCAGGUGACAUCCCCACCCCAGGUGACAUCCCCACCCCAGGUGACAUCCCCACCCCAGGUGACAUCCCCACUCCAGGUGAUAUCCCCACCCCAGGUGACAUCACCACUCCAGGUGAUAUCCCCACCCCAGGUGACAUCCCCACCCCAGGUGACAUCCCCGCAGCUGCUGAAAGUCUUCCCAGAAGAGGAAAAAACAAUUCUUUGGACACAAUUUGUGAUUCAAAUAUCAAAUUGAGAAUCCAAAAUUUUAUAGAAAAAUUCAUGGAUAAUAACUGCUCCUUCAGCUAACAGGAAUUGUUAUCACUUCCCCUGUCUGGGAAAUAUAUGGAAUUUUUCUUUGAAGCUGUGUUUAAUCAAGCAGGAUAUUAUCCAUAUGAACACUGGCAGCUGUGUGUGCUGAUGAGAGUAGUUGAAGGUACCCAUGGACGCUACUAAUAUGAAAAUCUACGCAGUAAUACCCACUUCUCUCUCACUCUAAA